AUGUUUGAAUGGGCAACUGGUCCGGAGAAGGGACUGUCACUGUAUGACAGGAAUGUUAGCAAAUGUCAUGGCUUUUGUAGGUUCAUGACAUAUCAGCCUGAUGGCCAUCGCUACGACUCAAUCCACAUCUGGGCAAACAAUUCUUGGGAUGACUGGUUCGAUUCGGAGACAACAUUCGAGGGCACCAUCCAAGGCUACCUGCUCGAAACUGGCGGUGAAUCCGACCCAGUGAUCAUCCCAGCAGACUGCCAACCGAGCGUGUUGAACAUCACCAACCUAGUGCGCUUCAACACUGCCAACCUCACAGUAACCAUCACAAACAGCACAUUGAAACGCAGCCCUUUCCAAUGCUCCGAGGUUAGUCACACCUCUACAACAUUCGCUUGUCGAACACAAUAUAUGGUGGGCGAGUAUGACAUCCUGAUCACAGAUGGAGUUACAACAUACUCCUCGCGCAAGUACCAUCCAAACUUGCCACUCAUCACUUCGAUGUUCCCCAAGUACUUGCAGGGAGAGAGUGUCACUAUAAGUGGUAUCAACUUUGGUGACACGAUCCAAUGUAUAGACUCGGUGACCAUCAGUCGAACAGGAUUGAUUGGAUGUAUACCUGAUGUGAUGCUCAUACCUGAUCGAGCCUUUACCUGUAGACUCAAUGAAUCAAUCAUGACGGACAUGGUCAAUGGAUAUGUUGACAACUCCAUGUUGCCAGUGACCAUCUCAGUUGGAGGAAUAGAGAUGUACCAAGUGACCAGGAUACCAACGUACAAUAGCUUAACCGAUACAUUGAUAAUGUUCUCAGCUGAUGUGAAUGAGUUUGUUUCCAGGACAUCAUAUAUGGCUGAAGGUGUACAAAGCCAAUCCUACUCGCCAAUCAAAAUAGAUGAGUUCUACUCUGUUCGAAACCUACACCUGGCUCCCUUCUAUCAUUACUUUGCCCAACAAGACCAAUCAAGACAAGUCGUUGUCGAUGGAAAUGGACUGAAUCAACAACUUCUCGGACCUUCGACGCCCCUAACCUUGGACCCACAAGUUGUCAACAGUCUUGGAAUGAACUUGACACAUCAACUUGGAUGGAGAUCUGAUACACUAGAGAUGCGAGAUGACCGGGCACAGGGUCAUGACUAUGCCAUUGUUAGUUUCAACUUCUCCCGACCUCCUCCAUUCUUCCUGGAUACAAACAUUGUAAUUCCAACCACUGGUGGCUGGGCUGGCAUCCGUCUGGCCAACAUGCGUUACACAAUCAGCAACUACACAAUGUUGAUGACCAAUCGAACAUUGCCAAUCAAUGUGGCAUUCACUGAGAACUCGACAAUUACCGCCACCUUCCCAUCUGGCACCGGUAUCAACAAACCAUUGACUGUCUACGUUGACAAGAUCAAGACAACAAACUUCGCCUUCCUCUCUUACCAAGCACCUGCAUUGGUCAACAUCACUGGUGUGUCGUACAAUGGCAGCAUUGCAACACUCUACGGUAGCAACUUUGGUUACAAUCAAUCAUUGGUCAAUGUAGUACUUCAGAACAGAACUCAGUUGCAGUUGAUCCAGAUGAACCAGUCGGCAACUGACACCACGGCAAGGUUAACAUUCAACCUGCCUCCAGGUGAUGGUAUAAGUGAUAUUCAUGUGGUUGUAGAUGGCCAGGCGUCCAACUCUGUCAGGUUUGACUACCAACGUUGUCCAGACCUGUGUUCUGGAAAUGGUCAAUGCAUCAGUGGAACGUGCAACUGUACAUCAGGAUAUGGCGGUAGCAAUUGCAACACAACUGUUACUCCAUCGGGCGAGGUACCAAGCACCACUCCAACCAACUCAACAAUUGGUGAGUUUGGCAUCUUCUUCACUCACAUCCGAGAGCUCGACUCGAAUGAUCAACCAUUGAUCACCAUCCCCGUGAGCAAUAUUCAAUGGAGCAACUCCAUCACCAACAGGGCUACAUCGACCAACACAACCAAGGGUACAUUGGCCGCAUUGCCAGGCUUCACUAUCAUUGUAACCAGUCAAUACUUUAACAAGUCAACAGUGGUUGAGUUUGCUAACAAGUCAAUACCGAUCGAUGCCAACAAUGUCAAGGUGCAGACUGAGCUCAGGUCAUGGCCAUUCAUCGCCAAGACCAACACACUCCAACUUGUGUACCAACUGCAGUCCCCAACUCAGAGUGACCGCUGCAACAAAAAAACAACUCAGACAAGUCAGGACUCAAACAACGUGCGUUACAUUGACAUCUUGGUUGGCGACCGUUUGUUUGUGACUCGCUUCACAAACUUCCUAUUGGUGGAUGGUCGCGUGACACUCAGCAACAACAUUAUACUCAAACCAAGUGACCCAAUAUUUCAACAGGACUAUUAUGUUGAACAACCAACACAAGUUCAUGAUCGAAUCGUUGUGGCAAUGGUAUCGCCACACUUUGAUAAUGGUGCGAUCUUGGAUCCCAACUUUGGUAUGUUGACAGCCAUCAACAAGGCAGAUGAGACUGAUCAGUGCCAGGGCAAGUUCAAACUCUGGUGGAUAGCAGUUAUUAUUGGAGGUGUAAUUGCUCUAGCCUCAAUCUGUAUCGCCGUCUACUUAGUGUACAAGAAGAAAUUCAGGUACAAACAGGAAGACAAGAAGAUAGAGAUGGUUGCCAACGUUAAUAAUUCAAAUAGAAGAUAA